CGUCACUGCCUCUUUUGACACCAGCCUUUUCAUUUCAACGUUCAAAUAUUCAACGUUCAACGUUCAACGGCGACUCUUUGCACAAGAUUGACUGUUUCAAUUCCCUUAACCUACAUUCAUGUCGAACGAUUGUUGCAGUGUAUUUUUCUGUUGCUGUACAUGCUUCUCGAUAUGUGGCCACUCAAACCUCUGCCGAUGGUGUCUAUUCUGCUCUCCCAGAAAACGUCCCACCGCAGAGGAAGAUGCAGAGCUAGACCGGCAGUACAACGCGGUGCUAGAGGAGCAGAAGGCUGAGCGCGAGCGGGCUCUCAGGGAGAAACAGUAUUCCGGGACACCCCAGAUGUCGACGGGACACAAAGGGCAUUCGCCAACCCCAAGUCGAGGCCAGAAUUUUUCUCCUCCGCCAGUGUACACUCCAGGCCCAGGUGGCCAUCCAUCGCCGAACCAUCCUCCAGAAGAUCGCCACCGUGGACACAGUCCCCAGCCUUCUCGCGGACACAGUCCUCGACCCUCUCGACAUAGUCCUAGGCCUUCAGCUACUGAUGCCCAUGCCCCCCUGCCUAACCCCUACGACCACCAUCAUUCCUAGUUAGCAUCAGGAUACCAUGAAAACAAGGCAGUGAUUUUCAACUUGAAACACUUAUAGAUACCAUUUACUUACCGGGACCUCGAAAUGUCCAGCUUAUUGACCGGAAUGGACACCAUGAACGUCUUGACAACUCUCCGAAUCUUAUUCAGCGCGAACGAUCCUCGUAUAGUGUAGUGUACGUUACUUUAUAACUACAGGAUAUCUAUAGAGUACGAUAUACAGGAAAUAUGGGGUAUUACCAGCUAGCCGAGGUUGCGACUGCAACUAAUUACUAAUAGAAAGGGUCCAUUCCAUGUU